AAAAAAAAAAAAAGAGACCGCCGUUGCCGGGGAUCGAACCCGGGUCACCCGCGUGACAGGCGGGAAUACUUACCACUAUACUACAACGACUUGGUUGUUUGUUAACUCAAAACGCAAGUAUUUAAUCAAUAAAAUAUUUCGUAUUUCUUCUUAGUCCCAGUCAGCUUACGUUGUUUCUUGACGCCAACACCGAAAGCAGCUCCAUCUCCAUGUCUUCCUCGUACGCGUCGAGCUGCACUAAAUUGAUCUCUCUCACCAAACAAUUAAGCUCUUACGCGAACCAAGGAUUCCAUGAACAAGCUCUCACUCUCUUUCGUCAAAUGCAUUCUUCUUUCGCAUUACCUCUCGACGCACACGUCUUCUCACUCGCUCUCAAAUCGUGCGCUGCAGCUUUCCAUCCUGUUCUCGGCGGAUCAGUCCAUGCCCACUCCGUCAAAUCCAAUUUUCUGUCGAACCCAUUUGUGGGAUGCGCUCUACUCGAUAUGUAUGGUAAAUGCUUGUCUGUUACUCAUGCUCGCAAACUGUUCGACGAAAUUCCUCAGAGGAAUGCUGUUGUGUGGAACGCGAUGAUUUCGCAUUACACACAUUGUGGGAAGAUUCAAGAAGCGGUUGAGUUGUAUGAAGCUAUGGAUGUUAUGCCAAAUGAGUCUUCUUUCAAUGCUAUCAUAAAGGGUUUUGUUGGUACUGAAGAUGGGUCUUAUAAAGCUAUUGAAUUCUAUAGGAAGAUGAUAGAUUUUAGAUUCAAGCCUAAUUUGAUUACGCUUCUUGCGUUAGUUUCCGCUUGCUCAGCCAUUGGGGCUUUUCGUUUAAUAAAAGAGAUUCAUUCAUAUGCUUUUAGGAAUCUGAUUGAGCCGCAUCCACAAUUGAAAAGCGGGUUAGUGGAGGCGUAUGGGCGGUGUGGAUGCAUUGUCUAUGUGCAAUUGGUGUUUGAGAGCAUGACUGAUAGGGAUGUGGUUGCUUGGAGUAGCUUGAUAUCUGCUUAUGCACUUCACGGUGACGCGGAAUCCGCUCUUAGAACAUUUCAAGAAAUGGAAUCGGCGAAAGUAACACCCGAUGACAUAGCGUUUCUGAACGUGCUAAAGGCUUGUAGUCACGCUGGUUUAGCCGAUGAGGCUCUUUUAUACUUUAAGAGAAUGCAGGGAGAUUACGGUUUGCGUGCAAGCAGGGACCAUUACUCGUGUUUGGUGGAUGUCUUAAGCAGAGUAGGGAGGUUUGAAGAAGCUUACAAAGUGAUUCAAGCUAUGCCUGAGAAGCCAACGGCUAAGACAUGGGGGGCUUUGCUUGGAGCUUGUAGGAACUACGGCGAGGUUGAGCUAGCAGAGAUUGCUGCGAAGGAGUUGUGGAAGAUAGAGCCAGAGAAUCCCGCGAAUUAUGUGUUGUUGGGGAAGAUUUAUAUGAGUGUUGGAAGACAAGAAGAGGCAGAGAGACUUCGAAUGGAGAUGAAGGAGAGUGGAGUGAAGGUUUCACCUGGAAGUAGUUGGUGUUUGUUCAAAGAUUGACAUAUUACCAUGCUCAUGAAAUUUUUGUAAGCUCAUACACAAUUUUUGAAAUCAAGAUUGUAUAAUUCAAAUGAUAUUCUUAAAUUCUAAGGAAAUAAUAUGGAAAAAUACCUGCAAAAGAAGUUUGUAAUUUGUAAUCUUUGUAACAAGUCAAGAUAAAGCAUAGAUGAUGGAAUUUGAAUUUUUUAAGGCCUGGCAUAUUUGAGCCAUCACAAAGCUAAGCUUUUAAACCAACUGGAUUUAUACGUUGGGCCGGUUAAAGUUUAACCGCAAUAAACUAACGGGGGCAAUUUCGACUUUUGGGCAAUGAGAAGAAGGCUAGGGUUUUAACUAGCCGCGUGCUAUUUAAGAUCUUCUUCCUUACUCUGUUUCAUACAGUUAGAAUCGACCUAUAGAUUAGGGUUCUUCUUAAAUCGCUUAGGGUAUAUAUCUAGUUAUGAUGGUUGGCAGGAGCCUCCCGGGCUAAUCUGAUAACUAAGGUACUUGAGGAACUAAGCCCCAAAGCUCCUGCUAGAUUAUUUUGCCGUUUGUGUUGCAGAUUGGCCUUAUUCCUUAGGCUUUUCUGUGUCAAAAAAGCGGCUAUAUAUAUAUAUAUAUAUAUAUCUCUUUUCUAUAUGUGUUUUGAUUUGAGCUGUGUUUGUUGAUGGAAUCGUGUUGGUAUCAAUAAUGUUUGUUUUGUUUUGGCAAUGAUUAUAAACUUACCCGCGCUUCUGAGAUUAGGUCAAUGAAGCAGAUACGGUAAAUACAUGGUUGAAUUCCUUAAUAUGAGCCAUUGUUUUCUUCUUUUUCUUUGUUUUUUCUCUGAGUUUUGUUUGUUUGGCAAUGAUGAUGAAUUGUAACAGCUUGAUACGCCAGUUCUGCUUCAGAUAAUUCUUGAUCGAAAAAGCUUUAUUCCUAUCUGAGCCUUUAGUUGUUGAAUUUUGAGAAUGUCGAUGAUGAUCUAAUCCAAUCUUACGAGGUGCAGUGGAGCUGAGACCCUGUUUUCAGGGAGAACCCCUUGGCAGAAGCUGCAAUUUCUAUGACUUGUAUGGAUUUUACUGAGACAUUUUCAUACAACUAUCGGUUUUAUUGAUUUGAGUUUAAACUAUACACUUGCACUUGUAUCUUAGUGCUUGUAGUCUGAAAAAACUCAUAUAUUCUCAGUGUUCUCAUCAGCUUCCGUCUCUUUUUUAUCCAUGGGACUAGAGUUAAACAAGAACACUACAUUUUUCUCUUCCAA